UAUCUGCAUCUCAGUGUUUAGAAAGAAGUCAUGUGAGCUUCUGAGCUGCGGGGACAGAGAGAGUGGAGAACGUGUGCAUCAGUGCAGAGUGCUGCUGGAGCCCUGGCAGAGUGAGAGGGAGGCAGAGGGAGCCUGAGAGAGAAAAGGCGAAGUGGUGGGAGCUGGAACAGCAGCAUCUGCUGCUGCUGCACGCUGCAGCUCCUGCCUGGGAGCCGGCUCUGCUGCCAGCACGCCUCUCUGAGGGCGCAGGUGCCUCACAUCCAAAACUCCUGGGUGGUCAGUGGCACUUCCAGGAGCCAAGCAAGGUGGCUUUAUUCUUUUCUUUUCCUGCCAAGAGCACCUGUUUGAGGACUCCGCUUCUUUUCCUGGACUGAAAGCAUACUUGCCUCCUGCUGUGUGCCCUCCUCCUGGUGUCGGACGGUGCCCCUAUGGAUGCCCCCAUACAGAUUUUCCGUGAGGAGCCAGACUCCACCUGCUCCCCAGGGCCCUGCCGGCCCCCCAGCACCAGCAGCAGCUGGCUCCCGGGCUGGGCAGACUAUGACACCAACGCCACUGGGGCCUUUGGGGACGGCCAGCACAACCACACCAGCAUCUCCCCCGCCAUUCCCAUCAUCAUCACCGCCGUCUACUCGGUGGUCUUCGUUGUGGGCUUGGUGGGAAACGCCCUGGUCAUGUUUGUCAUCAUAAGGUACACGAAGAUGAAGACAGCGACCAACAUCUACAUCUUCAACCUGGCUAUGGCAGAUGCACUUGUUACCACGACCAUGCCUUUCCAAAGCACCGAGUACCUGAUGAACUCCUGGCCCUUUGGCGAUGUGCUGUGUAAAAUAGUGAUUUCUAUUGACUAUUACAACAUGUUUACCAGCAUUUUCACGCUCACCAUGAUGAGUGUGGAUCGGUACAUUGCUGUGUGUCACCCUGUGAAGGCUCUGGACUUUCGUACACCUCUCAAAGCAAAGAUAAUCAACAUCUGUAUCUGGCUGCUGUCCUCAUCUGUUGGUAUAUCAGCAAUAGUUCUUGGAGGCACCAAAGUCAGGGAAGAUACCGCUAGCACUGAAUGCUCCUUGCAGUUUCCAGACAGAGAUUAUGUGUGGUGGGACAUCUUCAUGAAAAUCUGUGUCUUUGUCUUUGCGUUUGUUAUUCCAGUUCUCAUUAUAAUUGUUUGCUAUACUCUGAUGAUUCUGCGCCUGAAAAGCGUGCGGCUUCUCUCUGGCUCUCGGGAGAAAGACCGAAACCUGCGCCGCAUCACCAGGCUGGUGCUUGUGGUUGUGGCAGUCUUUAUCAUCUGCUGGACCCCAAUUCACAUUUUUGUGCUGGUGGAGGCCUUAGGGGACGUGUCCCACAGCACUGCUGCCAUAUCCAGCUAUUACUUCUGCAUUGCUCUGGGUUACACCAACAGCAGCCUCAACCCAAUCCUUUAUGCCUUUUUGGAUGAAAACUUCAAGAGAUGCUUCAAGGACUUCUGCUUCCCCUUCAAGAUGAGGAUGGACAGGCAGAGCACCAGCAGAGUCAGAAACACUGUGCAAGACCCAGCUUACAUGAGAGAAGCAGGUGGGGCAAACAAACCUGUAUGACUAGUUGUGGAAAUGUCCUCUUACUGUCCUCAGGAGAGGGAGGAGUCCAAUGACCUAGGACUGACACAGAUUACCACUGCAGUUUGAAAUCGACUCACCCAGACAGACAUUUCUGGAAUAUUUCAGAAAUCCCAUCAGUUUGAACUAAUGCAAGUUUAUUAUUGAUAAACAAGAAUCUCCUGUAAAUCAGCUCAAAUGAGAAGGACCUGGUUGAUGGUCAGGUUUUGGCACCAUAUCUGCUGUACUUGAGCCAGCACUAAAACACACAUUUGCAGAGUGAAAAGAUUGUGUUGCACCAGGUGAUUCCGGAUAAGAAUAGUUCUCACUUUUCUCUUUACAAUAUGUAACAUUGCAAAAGGCAACAUUUGGUCAUAAAACUGAACUGUACCAGAAACUUCUGCCCCAACAGUGAUUGCUUCUAAAGUACGGAGUUUGACAACUUGAUCCUCUUUAACAGUGAAGAGUGCUAGGUUUCUGUGAACAGUGCCACAGCUAUAAUCAAUAUUGUCCUCAAUUAAUAUAUCUGUAACCCUUGUUUGUGUUGUGAAAAUCCAAUUUGAGCAUGAUCUACCCACACACCGAAGUGAUUUUAUUGUCUGUGUAUGGUCAAGCCUUUUGGCAUUCAAAAAUACUGGAAUUUAAUGGGAAUUGUUAUCACAUGUUUAAUCAUCUCUGUGUAAUGUUUUGUAUGUGUGAUUUUCCAAGAUGGUUGUUUCUUUAUUGAGUCUGAAUAAUAUAAUAUGCAUUUUCAGAGUGUAUAUUGAACAAGAGGCUAGAAAAUUUCAAAUGUUUCACUUGUUACAAAAUUGAUGAAAAGUUGUUUUAUAUUCAUUACAUGGAGGAAACACUCUCAUGUGUAACUUGUUUUCCUGGACAGUAUGUAAGCAGACUGAAAUAAAUAUUUGACAAAUUAGAAACAAGGGAAGUAGCACAUGAACUAACUGGAUUGAUACAAUGGAAAUUAAAUAUUACUGGAUGCUUUAAUGGCACUGCAUGGAAAAAGAUCCUGGUUUAUUGAUGCUGAUGUAUUUUCUUUGAUACAGUCCUAUGACUUCAGUAAUUUUCUCUGUUUUCCUGUGAAGAUGGAAGUGUCAAGGCAUAGAUAAAUAAGUUACUAGCUUGCUGAAGGUAAGUUUAUGGUAAAAUGGAGCCUAACUUCCAGUCUAUAGACUUUUUUCUUCCUGAUGUUAUAUAUCACAACUCCCACUACUGAUGUUGCUGAAAUUUGGCUCCUAUUAUCUUCACCCUGAACACACACACCAUAUAUCUUCUUGUUAAUUUUGUUCUUUACACAAAAGAAAGAAUAAUGUUAGUGCCUUCAUUUCAUGCAAAAAUUUUGUCAGAAACACAAUCUGAUUUGGUCCUAUCAGACCAAAAAUGCCUUUUGCACACCAGUAAAAAUAAUGAGUUUUUUCUUGGACUAGCUGGCAGUCCAGUUCCUGUGGAAAUGCUGUAGAAAUUCAGCCUUCUGCAGGACUUCCAUAUACCUUAUUGUUAAUACAGUCAUGUAUGUCAAAUUUUUUUAUAUUAGUUUGAUAAAUGCUGCUGUUGAAAUAUUCAAGACAACUCUUUCUGGACAAGUCUAGCACUUUCUGAUUGUUUCUACAUGAAGAAUGAUUAGCUGACCUCAGGAUGCUUUCCUUACCUGGGGAAGUGAAUGAUGCUUACACAAGUGCUGAGUCUCACCUCCUAUUCUGUCAUUCAUUCAUUUUCUUAACAUGCAUCCAGCUUUCUAAACUAAGUCCUGACCUUUAAAUGGCCACAAAAAGAGAAUGUUUAAGGUAAAAGUUGAAAAUCCAAGGUAUUUAUCAAGUUAGGAGCAAGUGAAAUGGGAAAGAACUAGAAUCUAAUGAACUAUUUUCAUUCAAAAUAACCUAUGUUCCUGUUCAUGACUUACCAUUUGCAUAUGUAAGUCUGUAAUUGAAUAGGGUUUUUGUUCUACACAUUAAGUGCAAUGCUUUGUAUUGUAAUGAAAAAUCAAUGUUCUUAAUUUGAAAAAAGGAGGCUUCUAAUAAUAUUUUUGAGGUUUGUGUUUUUAAGAAGAUCAUAAUUUCCAUCACAGUGGGAGGAAAUUAUAACUUCCUAACAAUUAAGCUUGCAAAAUGUUAUAGGAAUGUGUCCUUAAGGUUUAUUUCUAUAAUUGAACAUUAACAGCCAAAUUAGUCUGAAUGCAGUAGAAAGGUGUCUUGGAAGUUUUCUUGUCAAAUUGAGCAGCUUACUGCACUUCAGUGAAAAACAGCAGGAAACUGGCCAAGACAUCUUUAACACAUGAGAAAGUACUUUAGAAAUGAUACUAUGCUUUUGCUCACAGAAUCUGCUUCUAGAUGACUGAAUUCCCACUGCAAAGCAGUUUACUUACUUUGUAACUCCAAGCAAAUGAUUUUCUCUCUCUCUUGUGCUGGCUCUAGGAUGCAGCGAGAGGUGAAGGCAGGGUAGGAGCUGCCUGGCCCAGGAGCAGGUCUGGGUGGGGAAUGGGGCAGCAGGGACAGGCUGUGCUGUGCCAUGGGCUCAGGAUGAUGGCAACAUGGGGCAGACACAGGCAGGCAGCCUGGGAAUUGCUUGCACUUGCUACAACCACUCUUACAUCCCUUUCUUUUUGGAGGUUCCAAAAAUUCCAUACUGCAAAAGCAUGGUCAUGGACCUGCUUGUGGGGCUAAAUUCCAAUCAGUCAACUAGUAUGGAUAGCUAAUAUGUCACUUUCUGUGUUUCUGCUGCUUUUAACUGAGAAGUAUUUUAUUUGGAAGAUAUACUUGGUGUUCUGGUUCUGGACUGUCCAACACAUUGUGGAGAAAUGAUGCUUAGAUGCUGUGAAACCCCAAGUUUAGUUAAUGAGCAAUAUCUGAACGUGAUGAGAAAUUCAGGGAAAACUGAAAAUGAAAUUUUUGUCCUGUGAAAGGCAAAGGGAAAACACACCAUUUUGAGCCAGAAUUUCCCUUGAUUUUGCUAAAUUAAUGUAAUCUUUGCAAAGAAGACAGGGAGAUUGUGCUGGGAUUUUAUUUCCCUUAAUUACUUAUCAAUUCUUAAUCAAACUUAAUCAUUGGCUGUUGUCUUCCCAAUGAAGUUUUUUCUUCAGAAGAAAAUAUGGUUUCAGCAAAAUUGAUUGAGUUUGUGACAACUUAUGUAAUCUGUCAAUUAAAAAAAGUAAUUGUGCCUGGAUAUUUUUUAACUGGAUCUUACAGAUGUGCAAUACAAUGUAGUGAGCACAUCUAUUCAAUGCCAGAGUGAGAGAUUGGAAGAUAUUUCAACUGACUGAAUCAAAGUAUUUUGGCUUGGGCUUUUCUUUUUGCUGGACUGCAUGUGGCUUGGGAACUGUUGCUGCAUAAAGCCCUGACAUGCAAGGUGGAAUGAUCUCAGACUGCAGAUUUUGAUCACUUAGGUAAAAGUGUUUUGAUGUCCAGCUGUGUGGAUAAUGCAAAAGAGUGAACGAACACUGGGAGCUGCUUCCUGGAGGGGAGCAGCUGAGAGCAGGAGCUGCUUUUCCUGCUGUGUUGGGUAAAACCUGUCCCACUGUGUGCAAGGGCUGCUCAGCUUUGGGUUACACCCCUGUGAUUUAACCCCAGCUGGCAAUAAAGAGCAAUGGAGUCACUUUCUCACUGCCCAUUCCUGCCCCUCCAAAAAACUUGGGGGUUGAGAUAAAAGCAGUUUAAUAAUGGAAAUAAAGUAAAAUGUACUGAUAUUGAUACUAAUACUAAUAAUAUUAGUAAUAUAAUGGUGACAGAAAAAUAAAACCUAGGACAGACACCUGAUGCCCAAUACAAUCACUCACCACCCACUGGCCAGUGCCCAGUCCAUCCCACACAGUGCCUGGCUCCUCUUGGCCAGCUUUUCCCAGUUUAUACACUGAGGAUGAAAUCCUGUGGCAUGGAAUUCUCUUUUGGCAAGAUUGGGUCAGGUGUUCUGGCUGAGCUCCCUCCUGUCCUCUUGUGCACCUGCCUGCUGGCAGGGCAUGGGAAACUGGGAAGUCCUUGACUCAGGGUAAGUAAGCCCUGCUUAGCCACAACUAAACCAUCAGUGUGUUAUCAACAUACUAAAUCCAAAACAUAGCACCGUGCUUGCUGCUCGGAAGAAAAUUAGCAAUAACCCAGCUGGAAUCAGGACAACCAUUUCUGCAAAACAAUCAUGGAAAUUACCAGCCUGUUCACUUUGCUUUCCCUCCAAUGUUGAUUUGAUAGUUGGCAGCAAAUACAAGUUCUCUUAUUCAGUUUUCAAUUCUGUUAAUACCAGUGGCACAUCUCAGGUGGGCUUAGGGAUCUACAGAAGGGAAAUACCCAUCUCCUUCAUCAGUAAACAAACCCUGGGGCAGACUGAUAGCUGUAGGAAUCUAGGUUGCUGCUUCCCUGCUGAAAGGAAUACCAAAAAUACCUACAGCUUUGUGCUCCCCUGCAAAUUUGUAGCAAACCCUGUAGUAAGCCUCCUGGAGGUAUUAUUGUCUAUUAGUGCUUUAAAGGUGUGAAGGCUUGAUAGUGGGUACAUAGUAUGAGAGAAAAUUGUAUUGACAGUGACAGCAGUUGCUUAGGAAAAGUGUACAGAAGCUAGGAGACACGUAAAACUAGAGAUUGUGAGCACUUGUGUACCUAUGUAUGGGUGUACAAGAUUUCUUUGUGCUUUUAAUUUACACACUCUGAUUUUAUGUAUUUUACUUCUAUAUAUUGUAAAGCAACUGAUUUCUCUUCAAAUUAGCUGAAAUGUGUUUUAAAAGCUUUGAAAACCCAAACAAUUUAGAGGGUCUUGAUGUAUGGAGAUAAAGUAGACAACCCUGCUACUGAAGUACAAAACAUUUGGCAGAGUGGGAGAACAGUGCAAGGUAAAAGGAGAGUUUGGAAACUACUGUGAAAUACUGCAGACUUUCUUGGUAGAGGCCAUAAUGUCCUGGAAGAAAAGUACUUAUUACUGCUGAUGCAUUUCCUCCCAAACUGUCUCUCAUUAAAUACUUAGCUGUCUGUUCCCAGAACAGCCCCUAUAAUUUUUAAAUACUUUCCUGUACAAGAAGCUUUUCAGAAAGCAACACCCGGAAGCAGACAUGAAGGCAGUCUAAUGAUAGACCUGCAACUAAAUCGUGCUCUUCAGUAAAUGCUUACUAUGGGAAAAAAAAAUUAAUUUCUAUUUUCAGAUAUCUGAAAGACAGCUUUGAAAGUCUGCAUCUGUUGGACAAAUAUUUGAUUGAUCAGUGAAAAUACUGGUAUACUGUGAAGUUGUAAUGUACUUGGCAAAACCACUGUUAAUUAGCCCUGAGAAUGUCAGGAUGCAUUUUAGGGACAUGUACCUCCUUCUGUCUUCCCUGAAGAAGAAUCUUUUAUGGCCAAAACUGCCGUAAUUGAAAAAUUCAGCAGAAAACUAGCAUUAAUAUGGUACCAUUUGGAGCAGGUAAGCUGGUAUUUUGUGCUCUUGGAGCACUUUUUUCCUCAGUCUGAUGUUUCUUAUCUCUGUUUUGUGUCAUGGUGCAAGAAGUGUCUGGAGUGGACAGCAUAGAAAUUAGGCUUACCUAGUGUAUCCUUCCCCCUCUUUCUUUCAACUCCUGC